GCCCGGAGGGGCCUGGGCUUGGGCCGGCUCUGCUCGUGGAGGCUGCCUGGUCCUCCUUUGUCUGCGGGGUGGGCUCCCGCGCUGCUCUCCUUCCCGCCCGAGCCUUUGGGCUGCUCCCCACGCCCCCUGGUGACUGAAGCGCAGACAACACGGCAUUGGUGGCAAUUAGCGGGCAGGCGGCGCGACCCGAGCCUGCGAGGGGCCGAGCUCCGAGGCGAGGGGGGCACCGGGGGCCCCGGGCUGCGCGCGGCACAGCCGCCUCUGCGGAGCGCACGGCAGCCUACUCUGCGUGUGGGCGCACGGCGGCCGCGGGCGGCGGGGGAUGCGCGAAGGAUGGUGAAGACCAAGGGCGCCGCUGGAGCGGCCGCUAAACCGCGGGCGAGGAGCCGCCCGGCCACCGAGGCCAGCGAGGAGCCGCUCGCCACCCCCCCGGGCAAGGGUAAGGGCCGGCCAGGGAGAAAGAGGAAGCUGCCGGUCCCGGACCAGAAAGCCGAGGAGCCGCCAUUGCCUCCGGCCCCCUUGGAGAGCUGCUCCCUGGAUCUGGGCGGGCAGCGGGAGCGCUGGGUAAAGUUUCAGAAGCGCCAGAGCCUGACUUGCGAGGGGGCAGCCAAACUCCUCCUGGACACCUUCGAAUACCAAGGUCUGGUGAAACACACCGGAGGCUGCCACUGUGGGGCGGUUCGUUUUGAAGUCUGGGCCUCUGCGGAUCUGCAUGUUUUUGAUUGCAACUGUAGCAUUUGCAAAAAGAAACAGAACAGACACUUCAUUGUUCCAGCUUCUCGAUUCAAGCUUCUGAAGGGCACCGAGAACAUAACUACGUACACCUUCAACACUCACAAGGCCCAGCACACGUUCUGCAAGACCUGCGGGGUGCAGAGCUUUUACACGCCUCGGUCCAACCCUGACGGCUAUGGAAUCGCUCCCCACUGCCUGGAUGAAGGCAGUGUGCGCAGCAUCGUCAUCGAGGAAUUCAACGGGAACGAGUGGGAGAAGGCGAUAAAGGAACACAAGACCAUUCAGAGCAAGUCCAAAGAGUGACCCCUUCUCCUGCCUCAGCUAUGCCUGGUCCAUAAGAAUGAGGCACCAAGGGGCAAGGCAACUUGGCCCACCCAAGGAACCUGCAAUGACAUGUUUCUGGGAGCCCGAGGGUUUCCUCCAGUUAUGUCUAAAGCAGGACAGAUUCAAGCAACUCACUUUUCAUAUCGAGAGGCAGCCUGAUACAACUGGUCCUAGAGGCUAGUGUUCUUUCUUGGACCAAGCAGCCCAUGCCUAAGUCCUUGGGCUGCAUGGUAUCCCUCCCCUCAGCCCAAUCUGUGGUCCAGAUCAUUUCACGUUCCCCCCCUUCCCUCCCCCCCCCCCCACUUUCAUGUGAGCUUUUAGGGACAUGAGCCUCCUUUGGUUUUUAUUAAAAAUAAUUAUUACUGUGGUUCCUCA